GGUCACGUUGACACACCCUGUCAAUGUGUGUUUACCAUUUGAUUUAAAAUGUAAAUAAAGACCAGCGGACAAAACAACCCCUCAAAGAAUCGCGAUCCACGAUGAGCUCGUCGCCCAAUUCUGACGAGGAUAGAAAAAUCGAUUUCAAUCCGCUGCUGCUGGCGAGUGGCAAAAGGAAAAGUGCCUUCCUGCCCUACAAACCAUCAAACACGGUGCUAACAAAUCUGCAGCGCGGAAACACCGAAGCAAACAUUCCCAGUGAAAUUUGCCUAAAUUUUCACGAAAAAACGGGCCAAGGAGAAAUAACCGAGGAGCAGGUGCGAGCCGAACAGGCAGUCGAUGCGGUAGAUUCUGACCAUUUUACACCACUACACUGGGCGUGCUAUUACGGCCAGCUGGCUGCAGCCAGUAUACUGAUAAAGUGUGGUGCAGAUGUUAACAAGCAGGCAACGGAUAUGAUCACACCCAUCCUGUUGGCCGGUGCCGGUGGGCACAACGAGAUCGUACGAUUGCUGGUGGACAAGGGAGCGGUUGUUAAUCACAUGGACAUUGUGGGCAAUACUGCGCUCAUGUAUGCGGCGGCCGGCAAUCAUCCGCACACUUGCAACGAGCUGUUGAACGCCGGGGCCAGCUUUACCGAUACGAACGAAGAUGGAGAGUCCGCCUACUCACUGGCGGUGAAAAACAAUGCCAAUUUAGCGCAAGCUGUGUUAGAAAAUCACAUCACGGCACUUUUGAUGACGUGAAUGAUACUGAACUGCAGAGGGAAUUGGUGUAAUAUUUUGUGAUAAUCAAAGAACCAUCGAACAAAUUCAUGCGGCGUGUUCGCUAGUAUUGAAUGUACAACAACAAAAAAUGCUUCUUGGAAGCAUCUAAAACAUAAAUAAAUCGUUAUGCGGUUGUCUAAAACUA